AUCUACUGUGCUGGCAGAAGUCUCCCAGUCAGUGUGGGUGAUGCUGCGUGUGUGGGACCGUGGCACACUGUUUUUCCUGGGCAGUGUCAUUGUGGGUGUCAUCAUGAGCUUGUUUGAGAAGCUGUAAAGUGAGGAUUUCCUGGCCCCCCCGACCCUGACACUAUCAGCACCAGAGCUGUACUGGUGAGGAAGCUAAGAUAGAGCGAGUCAAGGACCACCUGGGAAGAAAUCUCCUUGGGCAAUUUUCAUUUUCCAAGUGGAUUUUGUUGAUUGGAAUACAGGUUGAAAACGUGAAAGGAUCAUGCUUUGCCUCCUGAAAAUGAUUGUGAUUCUGGUGAUCCUGGCCCCUGUAGGUUAUUCACAGUGCCUGUCAGACUUGACUGACUCCUUCCCUAAGCUGAGAGUGCGUGCGGGUGAAUCAGCCUUGAUGGGCUGUGUUGUCCAGCGCACAGAAGAGAAACAUGUGGACAAAGUAGACUGGCUAUUCUCGAAAGGUGUACAUGUUGAGAAUGAAUACGUGCUGUACUACUAUUCCAACCUUAGCGUGCCUACGGGGCGCUUCCAGAACCGGUCACGUUUGGUGGGGGACAUCUUACGUAACGACGGUUCUCUCCUGCUCCAAGAUAUUCAAAAGGCUGAUGAGGGAAUCUACACCUGUGAAAUACGCCUCAAAGAUGAAGGCCAAUUGUUGAAAAAGGUCAUGUCACUGUGCGUGCUACCGGAGGAGCCUAAAGAGCUCAGAGUCCGUGUAGGCGAUCAGACUCAGAUGAGAUGUUUUUUCCAGAGCACAGAAGAGACACGAGUGACCAAAGUAAAGUGGAUGUUUGCUUCAGGAAAGCAUGCUGAGGAGGAGACUGUCUUGUCCUAUGAUUUCAACAUGCCUAGUGGAAACUUCCAGAGCCUGGGCCGCUUCCACAACCGUGUAGACCUAACAGGUGACAUCUCCCGCAACGAUGCCUCUAUCAUGCUUCGAACAGUGAAGGAGUCUGACCAAGGAGUCUACACUUGCAGCAUCUACCUGGGAAAGCUGGAGUCCAGGAAAACCAUUGUGCUGCAUGUGACCCAGGACGAAUCUCAAAGGUCAUUUUCACCAACUAAUUCACCUAAGGGGAGUCAGCUGGGGAUCCUGGACGGGAAUCAGCUGGUGAUCAUUGUGGGGAUCGUCUGUGCCACUCUCCUGCUGCUUCCGGUUUUGAUAUUAAUUGUGAAGAAAACCAGGUGGAAUAAGGGUUCAGUAAGCUCUAUGGCUUCUGUGAAGAACCUGGAGAACAGAGAGAAGACUAAACCAGAGAAACAUGUCUACUCCUCCAUAACUACGUGGGAGACGGUAGAGAGAGGACCAAUCGGAGAGUCAGAGGCCACCUACAUGACCAUGCAUCCAGUUUGGCCUUCUUCCCCCAGAGCAUCCAACUUGGCCCUCUCUUCAGUCAGAUCCAAGUAAUGUGGUUGAGAAAAAAAAAAAGAACUUGGGGAAUUCCCCAAACAGAGCAAACUUUCUAAGAAGAAAGGAGAGACUAUUUGGUGGUCCUUGGGGCCACUGUGCCAGCUAUUUUAGACUUGUGCUUUCUAGUUGGUCUUGGCUUCCAUCAAAGGCCUAAAGAUGGAGGGUUUGGAGUCCAGCAGGAAGACUGAACUGCUCCAGAUAACCAGGCAGUGAUGAGGGGAGAGAGACCGAAGACUUCUCCCAGAAGUGGUGUGCUUCCUGGGGAGCUGCCUGAUCUACCUUGUGCUUUCAAGCACUCCACUGGACUGUAUCUAUCAUGUGAACAGUGGUUUGCUUGCUUAUUUGUUUGUUUAUUUUUGUAGAUGAGCUCCUAAGAGACAUACAGAGAUAUAAACCAUCAAAAACAAUUCUUUUGAUGAAUUAUCCCCAAAUAAGUGUGGUCUGUGGGAAUCAUCUUUUUUUUUAUGUCCCAGAUGAAGGGCAAGUGGGGAAAUUUGAAGCAUGGAACUCCUGAGAAAGUGUCCUUUGAGGAGAGCCACAGUGGAUUCAACAUCCGGGGACUGGUUUGGUUCUGGGGGAAGGUUUAGGGGUAACAUGUUAGACGUGGGGUAUGAAAACAGCUCUGGGAUUUCCUCAUGCUGGGAAGCUAGGUCUAUGGAUUUUGGACAGCCAACUUUUUCAAAAGUGUUGAACAGGCUUGCCAAAGCAAUGGCCAGUGAUUGAAUUCUUGGUCUGAAAUAUGAGAUUCCUAUACUUUUCGUUGUUAUCAUGAGAUUUAAAAGGGUUGAUCUUAUUUAAAAUUUUUUUUUAAAUGGGAGUGGUGCUGGAGAGAUAGCUCAGCAGUUAAGAGAACUGGCUGCUCUUGCAGAGGACUGGGGUUCGAUGCUCAGCAUCCACAUGGUGGCUCGUAACUGUUUGCAACUCCAGUUCCAAGGGAGCCGACACCUUCAUCUGGCUUCUGUGGUCCAUUGCAUGCACAUGGUACAUGGACAUACAUAUAGGCAAAACACCCAUACUCAUAACAUUUUUUAAAAUGUUCAAUAAAAACUAAAUGAAAGUG